AUGGACCCGCGCAUCGCCCUCUCUAAGACUCUCAACAAGCUGACUGUGGACAAUAUGGCCGCCAGCACGGAUUCUGAAGCGCAGCAGGUGCACCCAAGUUCGGGUGUGACGCCAGAAGGACUGAAAAGCAAAUUGGAGGAAAUGUUGGAUGCGACAUAUGUUGAGAUUGAGGAUCUGAGUGGGGGCUGUGGACAAAUGCUUGAGGCAAUCAUUGUUUCGCCGCAGUUCGCAAAGAAAACUACACUCGCCAGGGCACGGUUGGUAAAUACCACCCUGAAGGAAGAGAUCGCCGCCAUACAUGCAUGGACGGCGAAAUGCCACACCCCAGAGGAGUGGGAGAAGAAGAAACCCCAAACUUGAGACCGCCCUUGGGACCAGCCUUGGGCAAACAUGCGUGGCCACGAAUUACGACCAAUAUGCGGACGGAUGUUAAUACCUCAGGAGUAAAUCAGAAAGGCGCGAAGAACUGGACAUAUCGGAUUCCAUUUAUACCCGGCCUGGAUGGCGUGAUACCUAUAUCUAGCUAGCUCAAGAGCACCCGUAUCUCACCACUCGUGCGUGGGAACAUAUCCCUAAUCCCUAGCGGGGGUUCCUCCUCAGACUCAUCUUCACCAUAGAGCAAGUCAUCAACUGCUAGAAUCUUGCUCUCCACAAAUUCAAAGUCU